AGGAGGAACAAUGGCUCAACAAUCAGUCAGAGUCUCUAAGAAUUUUAGCACCUCUUCCGCUGUUAUCCCAGGGAGCCGAACUAGCUUCAGCAUGGUUUCGGUCUCGCGGGGAGGUGGGGCAGGCUUUGGACGGGUCAGUGGUGGCUUUGGGAGCAGAAGCCUCCAUGGCUUUGGAGCAAGUAAAAGAAUCUCCAUGGGUGGCUACCGUACUACUGCCAGAUCUGGAUAUGGUUAUGGAUUAGGUCAUGGAGGAGUUGGGUACUGGAUUGUAGGUGGUGGUGGCUAUGGCUAUAGAGCUGGUGCUGGUGGCAUCCAUGAGGUUACCGUCAACCCAAAUCUCCUGGCGCCUCUGAACUUGGAGAUUGACCCCACCAUCCAGAAGGUGAGGAAGGAAGAGAAGGAGCAGAUCAAGACACUCAACAACAAAUUUGCCUCCUUCAUUGAUAAGGUCCGUUUCCUGGAGCAGCAGAACAAAGUGCUGGAGACCAAAUGGAGCCUCUUGCAGGAGCAAAAGACCACCCGGCCUAACCUUGAACCUUUAUUUGAGGGAUACAUCAGUACUCUUAAAAAAAAUGUGGAUGAUAUGACGAGACUGAGACCACAAUUAGACAUGGAAUUGAAGAACAUGCAGGAUACUGUGGAUGACUUCAAGUUAAGGUAUGAAGAGGAAAUCAACAAGCGCACAGGUGCAGAAAAUGAUUUUGUGGUGCUCAAGAAGGAUGUGGAUGCUUCCUUUAUGAACAAGGUUGAGCUGCAAACCGAAGUAGAUUCCCUGACUGAUGAAAUCAACUUUUUGAGAACUAUCUAUGAAGAAGAAUUAGCCCAGUUGCAGGCCCACAUUUCUGACACCUCUGUCGUCCUCCAAAUGGACAACAACCGAAGCCUGGACCUGAACAGCAUCAUUGCCGAGGUCAAGGCUCAGUAUGAAGACAUUGCCAACAGAAGCAGGUCUGAGGCAGAAUCGUGGUAUCAAAGCAAGUAUGAAGAAUUGCAGCUUUCCGCUGGAAGGCACGGAGAUGAUCUGCGCAAUACAAAGACUGAGAUCUCUGAGCUGAACCGCAUGAUCCAACGACUCCAUUCUGAGAUCGACAAUGUGAAAAAACAGUGUGCCAGCCUGCAGGCAGCCAUUGCCGAUGUGGAACAGCGUGGAGAACUUGCCCUUAAAGAUGCCAGGAUAAAGUUGGCCGAACUGGAGGAGGCUCUAAUGAAGGCCAAGGCAGACAUGGCUCGUCAGCUUCGGGACUACCAAGAGCUCAUGAACGUCAAACUGGCCCUGGAUAUUGAGAUCGCCACCUAUAGGAAGCUGCUGGAAGGGGAGGAGAGCAGGCUUGCUGGAGAGGGAGUUGGCGCCGUAAAUAUCUCUGUGGUCCAUUCAUCUGGAGGCACGAGCUACGGAGGUGGAAGUGCCAUGGGCCUUGCAGGCGGCAUGGGCCUUGGCUACGGAGGAGGCUUCAGCACUGGAGGAAGCAGUUUCACCUCUGCUGGCGGCAAGGCCCUAUCUGGGACCAUGAGUUCAGCCCGGGGGAGCAGUUCCAGUAUGAAGAUUGUGUCGAAAACCUCCACAAGCAGAAAGAGCUACCAGAACUAAAGGUGUCCUCGGCUAAGUCAGGGGUGGAGACAGCUGUGGUCCUCCAGGUGUCACCAGACUCCAACUCCCAUCCAGCAUGGCCAGCAGUGAGGGUUGAUGGGAGUUGAAGUCCAGCAACUGGAGGGCCACCAGUUUCCCCAUCCCUGAAAGAAGUCAAAUUAGGCAAUACUGAC